GCUUAAACUUUUGGUUUUGAGUUGAUUUUAGAUCACAUGCAAUUGUAUGAACUAGUACAGAGCAGUGUUGUGUACUCUGCUUGUAUUCCUAAAUGAAAACAUCUUGCCACGUCUCAGUUAGGGUACUGACUUGACACACAGGCCAGGGAACCUGACCUGAUUCAGUUUGGGGGAAGACAUGAAAAAAAGUUGGUCUUCCUUGUCUGGGCUUCUCAAUUAGAGCGUCUGGCUGGGAGAGUUGGGCCACCUGAAUGUCAGAAUGAGGUCAUGGGAAUAGGGGCUCCCUAUUGUUCGGUCGCAUACAUCUGUCUUACUCAGUAUGUGAUACCACAGGCAUUUUCUCUUUCUAGCCUGUUUUCUUUCCCCCCCCCCUUGGCAUUGUUCUACCUUUGAAGUUAUCAAAACUGUAGAAGAGCAAUGUAGUUAAUCCUCACAGGUGACGGCUGUGGACACAUAAUGACCUCUCAGGACAGUGGCACAAUGACAUCUAAGAAUUAUCCAGGGACUUAUCCCAAUCACACUGUUUGUGAAAAGACUAUCACAGUCCCAAAGGGGAAGAGUCUGAUUCUGAGGUUGGGAGAUGUGAAUAUUGAAUCCCAGAGCUGCACUUCUGACUAUCUUCUCUUCACCAGCUCCUCAGAGAAAUAUGGUCCAUACUGUGGAAGUAUGACUGUUCCCAAGGAACUCAGGCUGAACACAAAUGAAGUAACUGUUCGCUUUGAGAGUGGAUCCCACAUUUCUGGUCGGGGUUUUUUAUUCACCUAUGCCAGCAGCGACUAUCCAGAUUUAAUAACCUGUUUGGAACGAGGUAGCCAUUAUUUGAAGAAUAAAUUCAGCAAAUUCUGCCCAGCUGGUUGUAAAGACGUAGCAGGAGACAUUUCUGGGAACAUGGUAGAUGGCUACAGAGAUACUUCUUUACUGUGCAAAGCUGCCAUCCAUGCAGGAAUCAUCACAGAUGAAGUGGGCGGUCAGAUCAGCAUACAGCAGAGCAAAGGGUUAAGUCGCUAUGAAGGAAUCCUUGCCAAUGGUGUGCUUUCCAGGCAUGGCUCCCUGUCAGAAAGGCGCUUUCUGUUUACCUCCAAUGGACUUAAUGUUACAACCGUUGCCAUCCCGUUGGUGCUCCUCGUUGCCCUGCUUCUGGCUGGAAUGGGGGUCUUUGCCGCCUAUAGAAAAAAGAAGAAGAAAGGAAACCCAUAUGUAUCUGCUGAGGCUCAGAAAACAGACUGUUGGAAACAGAUUAAAUAUCCUUUUGCCAGGCACCAAUCAUCCGAGUUUACCAUCAGCUAUGACAAUGAGAAGGAGAUGCCACAGAAGUUAGAUCUCAUCACCAGUGAUAUGGCAGAUUACCAGCAGCCUCUCAUGAUUGGCACCGGCACAGUUACGAGAAAGGGCUCCACCUUCCGGCCCAUGGACACAGACACCAAGGGGGAGACUGGGGUGAGCGCGGAGGACAGCGGCCACUAUGACUGCCCACAGCGCGCUGGCACUGGCACCAGCAGUGGGCAGCAUGAGUAUGCGCUGCCCCUGCCCCACGCAGAGCCUGAGUACGCCACGCCCAUCGUGGAGCGCCAUGUGUUGCAAGCGCACUCCUUCUCCACCUCCUCCGCCAGUGGCUACCGGGUCCCUGGGCCCGGGUCUGUCCACAAACACUCCCUGUCCUCCAGUGGCUUCUGCCCGGCCGCAGGGGCGCAGGACAGGGACUAUCAGAUGCCACCAGGCCCCAAGCCCGCAGGCGGGGACUAUGACAAGCCCCAAACCAGCGGCUACUUGGCUAUUGAAAACAGAGACCCCACCUCUCCAAAGCCACAGGUGCAUCCCGACUUGAGUGACGGUUAUUCAUCCCCAAGAAACUGCCUCACACCCCUCCACCAGACGGCCAUGACGGCUCUUCUGUGAACACGAUGUGAAUGACACCGGCUGUAGUACUGAGCAAGUGGCUUGUCGCAAGUCACUAGUGUGCGCGCGCGUGUGCACAUGCGUCUGUGACUCAGUAAGGAUCCUGGAGGCCGAUCUCCCACAUUGUUUACACCAAAUGGUUUUUGUGCUUACCCUUGGUGUAAGAACCUGCCAGUUUUUCUAAGGCUAGAUACAAAAAAGAACAUUUCUUCACAUGGCAUUUUCAUUUUUCUGUGAUACUGAGCUGCUUGAGUGUAAAAUGUGCAAUCUGUACAGAUUUGUAUUUAACCAGAAUUAAAGUAACUUAAGUUUGCUUUGUUGGACUGUAGUUCUGUGCAAAGGUUACAUAGAAAAUGUCCACCGAUGUUGUGUAAAUCUAUGGUAGUAUGUUGUUUUUUUCCCAAUGUGUUUUUCUGAUACUGUGUCAGCAGCAGAGCUGUUUUAAAACUCAAUCUUUUCAUUGUUACCCCUGCCUUUCCUUUCCUUGUCUUUGAUAACUAACACUUCACAGCAUUUUAAGCAUUCUUCCCUGGAAGAAAUGAAAUUACUUGAAGUACUGAAAGCACACUGCAGUAGUUGUUUUAGCACUUGCGAUUUAUAAACAAAAGUAUCACCCAGUCUCUGCUGAUUUACUUAGAUUCCACUAGCCCAAGAGUCCGUGCCCCACAGGGGACUCGGGCCUGGUAAAUGUUAUGCAGCCUUCAAGUGCAGAUCCUCCUUCUGGAACUCCAAGCCAGAUGCUGAGACCUAUUCAGCCACUUGUAAUGAAGGUGACACUGCAAUUGUAGAUGAUUUACUGUGUCUGGUUUUCUGUACCUAAGAUUAAAAAUAUUGCUGAGCCAGGUAGUCAGAAAGCUGAGAUCUGAGGAUCCAUUCAAAGGCAGCCUGGGAAGGAAAGUCUUAUGAGUCUCUUACUUCAAAUUAAUCACCACCAAAGCUGGAAAUGGAACUGUGGCUCAGGUGAU